AUGCAGACCGGACCCCUGAACUGCAGGCUACAUACGGGGGUUCCGGUCCUCCAACGGUUUUUCGCCGGCGACGACACCAGGGAGGACUUCAGGCUGAGCAGAGAGUCCCUGGCAGUGCUGCUGGACCUCCUCCAUCAGGACCGGAGGCAUGGAUGGGGCGCCACAAUAGAGACUUUGGUUCUCCUCUUUUGGCUGGCCAGUGGGACAUCAUACCGGGUGGUCUCAAGGGUGUUUGGGAUGCCCCGCUCCACUGUCCACCGCAUUGUCCACCGAGUUACGGAGGAGGUAGUGGCCAUUCGCCACAGAGUCAUCUACCUCCCGAGGUCCGCUGACGACCUGGCGGCCGUAACUCGGGGGUUUGCAGGGCUGGCUAGGCACCGCGCUUUUCUCAAAGCUGCCGGUGCAAUCAACGGCUGCCAUGUCAGAAUUAAGCCACCAAGCGGUCCUGAUGGUCACUGCUACAUCAACAGAAAACUGUUUGCAUCAAUCAUCAUGCAAGCAGUCUGUGACCAUCAGGGACGCUUUAUUGACACCUACGUGGGCUGGCCGGGGUCUGUGCAUGACGCAAGGGUACUCCGGCACAGCCCACUGUACAGGCAGAACAUCUACCCUCCUCCAGGGUAUAUUAUUCUGGCAGACAGCGGGUACCCGUGCCUCCAGCACCCACUCCCCCUCAUCACUCCCUACAGGCUGCAGGUGCGAGGUGUGGCGGCCCAGCGCUUUAACGGGCAUCAUGCCAGGGCACGCUCUAUAAUUGAGCAUGCCUUUGGCAUGAUGAAGACCCGAUUUUGUGCCAUCUUUUUAAAAGCGCUGGAGAUCCGCCACACCUUCGUGCCACAGGUACGUCAUCCCUGCACACAAUAUUUUUGUUAUACUUGAAUAUAUAUUAAUUAAUUAAUUAAAUAAAUAAAAACACGAAAACUUAUUAUAUAUUAUUAUACUUAUAUUUUUAUAUUUUUUUAUUUAUUAAAGGUCUAUAUACUUUAUGUUCCUAUAAAUAUUCCUCUAAAAUUCAGGUCAUCACCGCUUGUGCCGUCCUGCACAAUAUCUGCCUGGGUGCCGGUGACACCAUGGCACCAGAGGAAGAUGUGCAGGACGGCAUGCCAGGGGAUGAGGUGGAGGACAGGCUGGAGGCAGUCAGUGGUGCCCGCUGGCGGGACAGAUUGUCCGCAGAGGUGUCGGCCAUGGAGGAGGUAGACCACGACCACGUCUACCUGUAAUCGGCAAGUACAAUUCAUCUAAAGUUUCUCCUCUGUGUGCCACAGAAUGUUUGUUGGUUACUGAUCAGCUUUUUAGACCUCAGAAGAUGCGACUUAAAAAUUGUUGGACUCUGUUAGCCUACUAUUGUUUCUCUCUUUAAAACAGGCAUGGCAGCCGUCGAACCAGCCCUGCAAACCUGGACGAUGUGGAGGACAGUGGAGACAUGCAUCCAAAACACCCAGACCACCCACAUGAUGUCCCACUGCCAGCAGACACCAGAGUCUCUAUUGUGGUGUCCCAUCCAGCCCAGCAGCACUGCCAGAGACUCCUGCUCAGCCUGGAGGAGGCACCAUGACAGGGCAGGCAAUAGCCCAAAUGUCCUGAGUUUGUUAAGUUCUGUUUAUACAGUGGUGCCUGUUUGAGUUAGCGUUUUGCCAAUGUUUAAAUCCGCCAAGGAGGUUAUGUUUUUGGUUGGUUUGUUUAUUUGUUUGUCUGUUAGCAACUUUACGGAGAAAGUUACAGACGGAUUGACCUGAAAUUUUCACCAGAGGUGCGUCUCAGCCCCAGGAGGAUCCUAUUUCAUUUUGGUGGUGAUCCGGAUCGCCUUCUGUAUUGUUAGAGUAAUGUGUAUAAAAGUUUAUAGAAAUUAUCAGUAGCUUUAAAUGCCUUUACCUUUUGCUUCUUAACACAUGAGCAGACACUUGUGUUUUUCUUACAUCUCUGAGCUUGCCUUCUUCCAGUAAGCAGAUAAGCAGAUGGGUACCUGUCUCCGCUGUGAACAGUUAACCACCACAAAGGAGACUGAAAUGUCAGCGGUCAUCUUGACAUCUACAGAAGAAGUCUGCACAUGCUUACUCUAGUAUAAUUAUGUGUUAUGAAAGUGCUUACGCUGCUGCAGAUUGUUUCCCCACCCUUUAGUGUAUGCAGCGUCUUGUAACUAGGGACCACCCUAAGGAUAAUGAAAAGCGAGGAGACGGCAAGGUGCUCUUCAGAGCGGUUAAACAGUAACAGUAAAAGUUUUGGUGUGAAUCACAAUAUAAGGGGGGACAUGAGCUGCUUGGCUGAGGUCUGCGCUCUCCGAGUGCUUUUCCAGUUUGUAUGUUGUUGACCUCAGUAUUUUAUUCCAUUUUCAUUUUCCUCACCUUUUUAUAAAAAGAUAUAACUCAAAAAUGAAAACUCUGAAAUCUUUAUUAUGCGAGGAUGUGUAGCGGUCGUACUUGCGUUGUGUACUUAUUUCAGGAGGGAAACCGUACUUCUGUGGUUGGCACCUGCCGCUUAUUCAGCAUCUGGCAGAUAUUAACACAGUCAGGUCUUACACAAGACAUGCGGCCGCUCUUUCACUGCAAGCAUAAAAUUACAACAUAAGUACCCUCUUAAAUAUGGAACUUUAAAGAUAAUUAAAACAAAUAAUUACGGACAUCACAACAUGUGGACUUACCAGGCAAGCAGCGCAGGACAACUGUUGCUGCAUACCUGGGUUCACUUCCCAAAUCCCCAGGGGUGUUGCAUUUGAGGGCUGCAGGGAAUCUGAACAUCAGUACUAAUCAUCCUUAAUAAAAGAACCCAAUGCGAGGCAUGGCAAGUGAAAUCACAAAACAUUAUUUGUAAUUCCGUUACGGAUGCACUGGAUGCUGUCUGGCCACCCUGUUGCCAAAACAGCUUGAGGAGGGAUAAAUGAAUAGACUGGAGACGGUGUAAGCAACUUAGAAUUCUUUAAUAAAUUAAAAAAAAAAUGCCAUGCGUAAUGGGAUUGAAAUCGGAACCACCUGUGCGUAAAGACGGAUCAAACAAAGCCUGAUUGUAUUUUGUCCUCCUUUACGCUAAUGUUUGCAUGUGAAAUGAACUUGGCUCACACAAUUUAUAACUUCUUUAUUCUAAAUUAAAGUAUUGUUAACAAUUAAAAAAAAGAAUUUCUGUGAUUUUCUAAAAUAAAAUUUCUGGUCAGCCUCGGCAGAAUUGCCGCCAUCACGGCAGCAGCAGCAGCACACCACAAGAGAGGAGGAGGAGGAGGAGGAGGAAGAACAGCAGCAGCAGCAGGUGGUCGGGGAGGAGGAGAAGGAGGGAGAGGACGAAGACGACCGCGAGGAGGAGGACCAGGGGGAGAUGCAGGAGGGGGCAGGACACGGACACGAGCCGGCAACACUGGGUCGGAGACGAAACCGGGUUCAGCGGGAGGACCGCCCCUUCCUGGACACCCAGCGGGCUGGUUUUCAGAUGUUGGAGAGGGAGCUGGGGUCGAUGGGGACGCGGCCUGAUUCGCUGGAGGCCCAGGUGAAGUCUCUUCAGGAGGUCCUCGUGGCCAGCCUGCUCCCCCUAGCCUCUGGCGUUGCUACACUACAGCGGCUGGUCCAGGUAGCCGAAAGGCUGCUGCCACCCGCAGAAUCAUCCGCCCCCGCCUGUCCCAGGUGGCCACUGAGGCCGCGCACAAGAGGAGGGCGGCCCCCUGGGUUGACUGACCAACUGCAGUGUCCAGACCCAAGAGGAGGAGGAGGAGGAAGAAGAAGAAGGGGGGUUGGGAGGGAAGAACAACAAUAAAACACUUGUUAACGCAAUCAUGUUUGACUCUUUAUUGGAUGUUUUAAUGUGGAUAAUUACAAAAAGUGUAUAAAUGAAUGAAAGCAAAUACUCACACUUAAGGGCAGAGCUGUGCUGCGAGGCGGUCCCUCCUCUCCUGUGUGCUCUGCUGCUCUCCCUGCUGACAUGGCACAUGCAAUUCGGCCUCUCUCUGCCUAAAGUCCAGUAAUGUGUCCUCGGCGAGGUCAUAGUGGCAUCCAUGGCGUAUAGCUAUGUUGUGUAAAACACAACAUGCCACAGAAUGCACCGACACUCUGCGGGCUGUAUGUUAAUGAACCACCUAACCGGUCCAGACAUCUGAAACGCAUUUUGAGGAUUCCAAAAGUACGUUCAAUGACUGACCUAGCACUGCUGAAGACACUGUUAAAAACACGUUGCUGUCUUGUUGAAGGUGUAAUGUAUGGCGUCAUCAACCACGUUUUCAGUGGAUAGCCGUUAUCACCUACGAGCCACCCAUCCAGAGGGGUGUCCCCCUGAAAGACUGUAGGGAUGAUAGAAUUCGCCAGGAUGAAUGAAUCAUGUGCAGACCCGGGGUAAUUAGCGUACACGUUUGUCACCAGGCAAUUUGAGUCACAAAUCACCUGGAUUUUGAUGGAGUGGACUCCCUUACGACUCACAUAAAUGAGGGCUUGGGUCUCUGGUGCGCGCAACUGCACAUGUGUGCAGUCAAUUGUUUCAAGGACCCCAGGGAAUCCAUAUUUCAACAAGAACCCUCGCUUCAUUUCCAGCUGGCUUGCAGGUGAUGAUGGGAAAAUGAUGCACUCAUUUGCGUGUCGGACUAGACUGGUGGACACUGCAUGUAUUGCCAAACUGACAGUGGCCUGACUUAUCCCUACCACCGAGGCCACGGUAUGCUGGAAAGACCCGGUGGCGAAGAAAGUCAGAGCCGCUGUCACCCUCACAGCAACUGGGAGAGCACAUGGGCCACCGGGGUCCGCAUCUGAGGCCACAAUGCGUGUAAUCGUGUGGACCACCUCACGGGACAGGUGUAAUUUGUUCCUGUGUCAAGGGAAAUAGUACAUUGUUAAAAGGCAGUUGCAUUGAACACGGUGUCGGAGGCGUGAUCCAUGUGGCCCACCUGCAUUCCUGCUCUGUUAAGGUUAAAUAUGAUGCCCUGUGAUGAAUCACCCUCGCCCUGUAAUUUCUCCUCCUCCUCCUUCACCUCCUUGCAAUUAUGUACUCCAUCUUUGUAGAUAAUGUUAAGCAUGGAAAUUAUUAAAUUUGUAGCUAUGUGAGAUCACAUGCUGCAGGUAAAUCUUGAGAACAAUGGUCGUAACUUACUUUGCUUCAGUGUGCGUUGAUUUUUUCUCAGUGUUCUGAGAUGACAUGCCAAAUAUAUUCUCUCUCUGUGAUGACAAAGCUUUUUGUGGUUGGUAGAGAGACGUGAAGUAGUUAGUUUGCAUCAGAGUUUCAGCUGUGUUAGUUGGUCAGGUCCAGUGGCAAUCAGGCGUGCCAAACGCGCUCCUAUAGAUAUACAUCAAAAUAUACUGAUCAGUGGCGAUUGCUCUAAGACUGCAAGGGAAGCUCAGCUUCCCUUAAAAUGUCACCCCCCCAAAAAAAAGAAAAAGUGGUGAAAUACGUACGGCUGUGUGUACAUUUCAUUAACUAAAUACGCGCUAGAAAGCCUUCAUCUUUUGUUCAGAAUCAGCUUCUUAUCACACUGUGAUAAGAAGCUGAUUCUGAACAACUUCGUUGUCAUUCAUCCUCGCAGCACCUCAGCACUUUAAACAGCCGGACGCUGGGCUUCUGCUGACUUCAAUGCGGAAGCUCAAAGUGGGUUGUCCCAGCAGCGAAACUAGACGCUCAUUGGAUAAAUGCUGGGCUUUGUCCCGCCUAUCGGACGCUCAGCUUCACUGGAGUUCUAUGGCGAGAGGGCGGUCCCGACUUUCUCCCGGACUCCGAGCUUCUGCAUCCAUGAUUGAAUGAGCUGUCUGAGGCGAAAUCCUUGUUUGAUUGACAGCUAAACAAGCGAAUCAGCGAUCUUGAAGAAUAAAACAUCUACUAAAGCAUUUUCCAAGUCAUUCAUUCCGUUGUUCUUAACUGUUUCGGAGACUUUACCGAUCCUCAGCGACUUUUGUCUUUGUUAAAAACGACUGCCGUUGUGUUUGGCAACUCUUUUCAGUUACAUAUAAAUAAACAAACACAAUUAUGAUGUAGGCCAGAAAAAUGAGCUUCCCCUCCUUGAGAGACCAGCAGCCGCCACUGAUACUGAUGUAUUGUAGAUCUAAAUGUAUGUGCUGCAUGUAUUUAAAUCCCACAUGACAAAGAUGAGUUGUGCGCACAGAUCACACAAUAAAUUCCAAUAAUGGCAUUAAAAUCGCAACCAUCUGUGCGUAAUGAUGCAUCGCGCUGCUGCAGGACGGAGAGAGGACACGGAGACAUGUCCAGGUCGAGCUGCGCGAGAAAUAAGAGGAAGAGGAAGAAAGAAAAGGAGGGAGACGAAUUAAAUAUCUUGUUAACUUCAUCAUGUGUGUCUAUUUACAAGAUAUUUAAUUUAAUUUAAUGCGGUUUCAGCUGUGUUGAUUCGGUCAGGCUGUGUGUCCAAAAUCAGAUCAGAUAUACCGUAGAUCAGAAUAUAUCGAUAUAGAUCUAAAUGUAUGUGCUGACUCUUACGUUGACUUUACGCACUUUACACGCCGGUAGUGAGCACGAAAAUGUCUCUGUGCCCGCUGAUUCUGUCGACACCUCCCCCUGCCAUGCCACCACGCCCAGCUUGGUGGAUCUCGGUUUGCCUCUGUGCGCCUCACGCCUGGUUCACACUGGAAGCGCCGCGCGCGGAACGGAAGCGCCGCGCACAGAGUUUCGGAUCGGCGCCCAUGUUAACCUAUGAGACUGUUCACACAGCACGCGCGCGGAACGGCUCGCGCUCUGGAGCGCGGGUGCUCCGCUUCUCUCUAUUUUCGGCGCGAGCCGCGAGCGCCGAUGUAAAGCUCAACAGAGCAGAUCGGACCAGACAGGAAGUCAGGAAGGAGAUGCGAGAGAAUCCGGUCAAUUUUCAAAAUAAAGUAAAUUUCAAUAAAUUAGAAAAGGAUUUACGGUGUUGCUUGUCAGUCUAUUUUUUUUUUACCGAUGAACACACACACACACACACACACACACACACACACACACACACACACACACACACACGGAGGGAGAGCUGCAGAGAUUCAGUGAUGUUAUUGAGACAAAGAGGGGGGGGACUUUAUUACGAUACAGUCAAUAGCCUCGAGCUAAGGCUAUACAUACAACGGAGUCAACAGACUCCCCAAUUUAUUCGUCGUUUACCCCUAUAUAAUAAUUUAAAACAUUACUUGAAGAUGCUGUCAAUAUUUAAUUCAUGUAUGACGAAAUAAAAACGUAAAUAAAUAGUGAUUUACCCAUUUUUAAAGCGCUCGUAAGUGUGGAAAACUGAGGGCAGACGGAAACGGCCGAGCACUACCGGGCUCAGUCGAUGUCUAACCGGCAUGUCAGAGCGCAGCAGAAAGCGCUUCCUGUGUGAACAGCCAAGCGCGAGCCGGCGCUGCGCGCGCGCGCGGCGCUUCCUGUGUGAACCAGGCGUCAGUCCAUAAAAAUACCAAACUGGCUGUACGCCGGGCUGCGCCAGACGAAAAUACAACUGCGCGGGGCUUGCCUGCCUCCGUCGCCUCACCGCCGUACUCGAAAAUAGAGCCCAGAGAGUGAUCUCUCUCUAACACAGGACUCUCAGUCAUCCUACUCCCCGGCUCAAAUAAAAACCUUCCUGGAGCAGACUAAGGGCUCCAGGCUGCCUAAUGUUGAGGAUUUCUUCCCAGAGCUGCGCUCAUUUAUGAGGUCAGCCAGGCCCCUCACCAGGAAGAGCCAUGGGGAGGAGGUUUUAACAGAGAAGGAAGUUUUUAGACUCAAGAAGACUUUACCGAGGGUAAAAGCUCAAAUCAUCAGUGAUGAAGAUGAUUUUUAGAUGUUUUUACCUUUCACUGACUGCUCUCCUGAUUGUUUUGUAUUCUUUAUCCAUGUGUGAUUUUAAUAUCAGCACCUUAAACCUGAACAGGGCCUGGGCUGAUUUUAAACGAGCCACUCUUUUUAAACUGAUGGAGACUAAAAGAAUAGAUAUUAUGUUUGUCCAAGAAACCCACAGUAGCUCAGACAAUGAAAAUGAUUGGAAGAGGGCUUUUAAUGUGGAGGUAGUUUUAAGCCACAGCCGCUGAGUGAUGUGUGGAGGGUUUUUAACAGUCAGCACAGAAAGUACACCUGGAGUCACAGCAGGGUGGGGUUUUUAAUUCUGGCCAGACUGGACCAUUUUUAUUGUUUUAUACACCAUUUAAACAUUUUUAAAAAGUGUUUUAUGCUGCCUGUUGGUUUUACGGAUCAUUUUUUAGUCUCCUGCCAUGUUUUUUUAUCAAAAAUGUUUGUUUAAAGAGCGCCUAUUAGCAUUUUAACACAGCCCUUUUAACUGACCAGGCUUUCAGAACUGCUUUUAGGUGUUUUUGGGAAUCCCACAGAGAGAGCAGGCCUGCCUUCACUAGCAUACAACAGUGGUGGGAUUUUGGGACAGCUUAAUCCAGAGGCUGCUGAUGGGGCUGAAGGACACUCUGUGGAGGCCCCUGUCCCACUGCAUUCUGCAGGGUUUUAACAGCCUGGGUCAGGAUUUUAAUUUGUUUUUAAUGAACACACAGAACACGAGCACAUCAUGUCUGCCUGCUUUUUAUCAAAGUGUUUUUAAGGUUUGGAGCCUGCUGAGGAAGGAGAGGAGGGGCCAGAUGGACUCCAUCUACUGGCUCCUGCAGGACCCGGUCCUAUGGGGGACCCGUUUGGACCUUCCCGGCUGGGCAGGACAGAGUCUAGAGAAAAGACUGCAGACGGCAGGGAUCGUCACUCUGGGGCAGGUGGUGGAGCUGACGGGACCCCGGAUGGACGACCCCUCUGGACUCGCUGCCCGGCUGGGACUUUCAUCAAUGAGGGUCACCCAAAAACUCCCCUUUUACCCAGACAAUGACCGAAGAAGACCCCUUUCCUGCCAUCUUCCUGGCACUGGAUUUUAA